AUGAGCGCUGCAGCAGACAAUGCAAACGCAGAAGUGCCAAUUUCAGAUGAAGGAGGAGCGCCUGGCGCGCAGUCCGUAACUGCCGCAGCACCAGCAGCAGAAUACACUGCAGCAAUGGCAGGAGAAUAUACUGCGGCACCAGCAGCAGAAUACACUGCAGCAAUGGCAGGAGAAUAUACUGCGGCACCAGCAGGAGAAUACAGCACAGCAUUUCCAGCAGCAUAUACUGCGGCACCAGCAGGAGAAUACACAGAAUAUACUGCAGCACCGAUAGCAGAAAACACUACAGCCCCAACAGCAGCUUCUGCAGUACCCGCCUUGGAUGGCGCCGACAGUGCGUCCUCAGCAUCCUCAGCAGCUGCUGGUGCUUUUCUCGAUUCACCCGAAGUGUCAGCUGCAGCUUCUUGGUCGCCGCACCACGAGAUGUUCAACGCUCAUGGCGAGGAGGGCUACCAGCAGGCAGUAGGGCAGUUGGAAGAGAGGCUUCCUGCAGAGGACCAGCCAGCUCCUGCAGGCGAAGCAGCACCAGCAGCCACAGCGUUUGUUGCGGGCUCCUCGGUCGGCAGCAAAUUGCAUCUGUUGCGUCGUAGCCUCCCAUGGGGUCUAACGUGCUGUCGCAUCGUGGCUGCAGGGUUGCUGUACUUGCAGCCGUAUUGGGGGGUUCCGGCUGCCAGGGGGGGGAAGCAGAAGCUGCAUUUGAUGCAGACUGCAGCAGUGCCUAGUCUCCUAUUUAGUGCUGCCGCUGCGACGGAUUGGCUGGAUGGCUGGUUGGCGCGGCGCUGGGGUGUCUGCACGGCUGUCGGUGCUGCUGUGGAUGCGGUAGCCGACAAAUUACUCGUAGUUGCUGCUCUCGGCGAUGUAACGACUGCUGCUGCUGCUGCCGCCGCUUCCCCCGCUGCUGCAGACGGAGCCUGCGGUGUAGGCACAGGCCUGCCGCUGCUGCGGCUUCUACAGCCUGCAGUGUCGCUGCUGCUGCUUCGCGAAGUUGCAGUGCAGGCGCUGCGGCAGCAGCUGCAGCUGCAACACCGGGGUCACCUAACGGGCGUUUCCUUCCUUGGGAAAGCCAAGACGGCAGCGGAGAUGUUUUCUGUGAGCUUGCUGCUGCUGCUGCUGCCCCAGCAGCAAGAGCAGCAGCACGUGCCAAGAGCAGGCGCUGCAGGGGGAGUAGCUGCAGCAGCCGCUAAAGGCAUCCGCGCUGCGGCAACGCGCUGCUGCUCAGGCGCAGUCUCCCUGCUGCUGCAGCGCCCUGCAAGCGCCGCCGCUGCGGCAGCAAGCAGGCUGCGAUGCCUUAUUGGUUUUGGCUCUAAGCCUUCGGGCAGGCACCCCCUCCUCAUGCGCUGCGGGAAGUUGCUGCGGCAAGCGGCGGCAAGUGCAGCUGCUGCCGCUACCGCUGCCCUCUGGGGGCUUGAGGACUGCGCUGUCGCUGCUAAACGCGUGCGGCUGCUCUCUCCCGCUGCAGCCAGCAGCCGAGCGGCUGACGCGCUCUCUGCUGCUGCUGCUUCGCGCCACCGCUCGAUGCCACAACGGCUGGUCCUGCGGUGUGCAGCCGUUGCUGCAGCAGCAACAGCGGCAGCAGCGCGGGGGCUUGCUGCCGCUGCGACAGCAGCCGCUGCUGGUUGCCGCUCCCUAUGCAAGCUGCCCCGAGUGCAGGCGUUUGCUGCGGCAGCAGCGCGCAACCCGCUGGCUAGGCCGUUCGUUUCGGCAGCAGCAGCAGCAGCAACCGCAGCAAGCAGCAGCAGGCAAGCCCUUCAGUGCACCUAUAUCGACGGAUAUCCAUCCCUUCUCACUGUUGCGGCUUCUUCUCUUUGGGUGUCGGCCGCGCUAGCUGUUGCUUCUGCUGCAGAGUAUGUAGCAAGGGCGCUCUUGUUGCCGUAA